AUGGCGUCUGCCACAGACAUCAUAACCUAUGUCGGUGUGCCACUGGCCGUGCUCGGCGUAUUACCCAUUCUCUACACUUUUAUGCUAGCGGUCCUCACACAACGACGGAUACGUGCUUCAUUGCUCUGCCACGGUCACCGACCAGUCAGCAGGACUCGACCCAACGAUGGCUUCACGAUUCGAAGUUCUCCCAUGACGAGCCUGAUCGAGGUGGAAUUACCCAAAUACACCAUCGCCCCUCUGGAGAGAAACCAUGACGACUACUGGAAAUCCACGGAUGCCGGUGAGGAACAGACAGGGGAGGAGCACCGACUGCUGGGAAGAGCGGAAACCACAAUGAGCAUGAUGGAGGAAGGCCGCGUGUUGGGGUUCCUCCGUGGUGGUAGUUGGAGGGCUUUCCAUUGGAAGAGGCUGAUGGUAGGCAGAAAACUGUAUAGGAUACAAUAUGAAGAUGAGCUUCGCGAACCACCUGCCGAGAUUGAAUUUUCUGAUCUCAUCCAUUUCUUGCUAGAUUGGGGUGCUGUCCCCGACGCAAUGGGUUGGGAAAAGCUAAAGUCGGGCGGGCUGUGGACUCCCGCUGGAACAACACUUCUACGCAAGCCAGGCGAUGCAGAAGACAAGACGGCGGGAAACGCCGACUGGGUUUUAAGAACAACCAUGCCCGACGAAAGCGACGGCGUCCUGAGCGUCACCAUCCGAUGGACGAAAGAAACAACAGCAUUGACAGACACCAGAGGCGUCGCGAGUCUCCCGCCAGGCUGGGGACGGCUGAACCAGCCUCGACAACUUGAGCCGCGAGACAAGCUCAAGGAGGAUGUCAAAGACCUACCAUCUCGCAUCGAAGAGAUGAAAGCCGCAGACAAAUACAGCAUAGACAGCUCGAGUCUCCGUUUCCGAACGGAGGAUAACCGCGUGCAACGAAUUCAUUGGGAACAGAAACACGUCGAGACAGGAUUCAUCCGUGAACCCUUUCCCACAUAUGAACGAUCAGUGGCGUCCCUCUGGUUUACAUGUGCGUCCUCGGCCCUUCUUUCCCGGAAACAAUCCAGCGGCGGCUUGUGGGCGUUCGAGAUUCCCGCCGAGAUCCGAACGUUUGUCCGCAAAGAGUCCAUACCCUGCGGCGUUCUCGUGACGCUGGGCAUCCUCGCCGAGACCGACGCGCCACAGUGGUCGUCAGAACCCGAGAGCGCAGUUCGCGACGCAACAAUGAACAUGUCGAACAGACACUUUCAACGCUUCCAGGCGCGAGUCGCCGCCGAACGACUCGAAGCCACUAUGCCUCCCGAGCAAGCCAGGAUACACCGAAUGAACCGAGAAGCAGCUGAGCGACGCGACCAAAUGAACGACAUGACGGAGUCGCUCCGUUUCCGCGAAGAGCGCAAUGAGCGUCGCAUUCAAGAAGCCAUCGCCAGCCCCCGCAUGAGCAUCAAAGCGGCCUUCGAGGCGUGUCUCGCGUGGCUGAUCCAGCAAGGCGAGGUCGGUCGCGAGUGGACGCUAGAGCAGCUCGUCGAGGCGAUACUAUAUCUACUCGUGGUGGAUCAGAGCAACAACGACCAAGGCGAGGCCAGAAAAGUCUCCAGGAUACUCGACGAGUGGCAGGCCUGGACUACGGCGGGAGGCAUGAAGAAGCAACAAGUCAAGCUGCUCGAGGAGAACAAGACUGCGUUCUGCUUUGCUGCAGCGCUGGUAGCUGUUGUCAGUGAGUGCGCUGAUUCCGAUUCCGGCCAUGGUAAGGCCGGUGCAGACAUGCUGGAGUGUUUGAGAUUAUGGCGAAAGGUGCGUCUAGGAUGA